AUGAUGGUUAAAAAGUCUCAUGGGUCAUCUAGAACUGAUUUGACAUUGUCUCGUACGAGAUCUGAGAAUCGUCAGCUGAUUAUUCAGUCUAACCAGCCGUGUCCACCAGGCUUAACAAAUUUAGGAAACACCUGCUACAUAAAUGCUACGCUUCAAUGCCUAUUCGCCAUCCACCCCCUUGUUGAUUGGCUUAUCAAUAGAUCUAAUAUGAAUGUGCUGGAAUAUUCUCAAUCAAGUAGCGACUCACUUACCCUCGCUCUCUCGAGACUUUGCCUAGCAAUAUUCAAACGGAACUUUAAGUCUGAACUAGAAGAUUUUCGUCGUGUUAUUGGCACACUUGACAACCAAUUUAAAGAAGCUCGGGAGCAGGAUGCACAAGAAUUUUUGUUUUUCCUGCUUCAUCGGCUGCAUGACGAAACUUCUGGUAGAUCUGGAACGUCGGAAGUGUGGAAAAUCUUUCAAGGUGUACUUCAGAAGCAAUUUAAAUGUCCCGACUGCCAUAAGACCUUAAGCAAUUAUAAUUCAUCCAAACUGGGGCCAUUUUCAAAUUCUUCAUCAAAUCGUGCUCCUCCACAAGAAAAUCCCGAGAAUUUUCUUUUUUUGUCGCUCCCAAUUCCCAUUUCAAUUGAAGAAAUGGCGGCAGCGACGGAUUCUGUAGAAAAUACCAAUGUUUCUGAACUGAAGAUUGUCUUUAAUCAAAUUCGCGAAAUGAAACCACCGCAGUGUUACAGACACCUUCUCUGUCUCGAUCCUAAUACGGACAUUCAAAACGUUUACAACCUGAUUUUUUCCAUGUCCCAAAUUGGCCUCAACGCAACAAAUUCCACUUCGCGUAAAGGCUCUUAUGCCACUGCAGUUGCCUCAAAUUAUCAUGAUCAAAAAAAAACGUCUAUUUCAUCACUCCACAACGACCCUCAACCACUACCAGCUCGCCACCAUGACCCAUUUCUCCUUGUGCAGGCUAAAUCUACAGGCUUUGGAGACUGGUUUCUGGACCCCUCUGGCCGUGCUAUCGACCUUGUGGAUGGUUUAAAUUUGGAAGACGAAGUUCACACAAACACGCCAUCUGCGAGGGAAUCUGUUAAAAAGAACCUUCUAGUGGAUGAUGGACUUUUCAUUGUUCAUCUCAAUAACCAUCCUCAGGAGGAUUUUGACUCAUGCUUCAAUUCUUCAUCUCCACUGAUUGAUCAAAUUCACCCGAACGAUGAUCGUUUUUAUCAGCCAUGUUCUACAACCGCGCAAAACGUAGAGGGCUAUAUUCAACUUCUCUUGGUGCAUGUAACAGAAUCAAAACAAAAGAAUGCCUCGUGCGACUCCUUCGACGGAACCAAUGCCGCUCGAGUGGCGGGUUUUCAACGGUUUUCGCCCCCUUUGACGCUCAACGUGCCCAAGGAGAUAGAUUUUGAGAGCCUGCGACUUUUAGCGCUUCGCUCCCUGUUAGCCUUUUCUAAGAACGACACAGAGGCACAUUUUGAACGCGUCUUUGAUUCGAAGGCCUUCGUGAAUGUCUACUUCUGGGUGGUCGACGCCGGACCUUGGGAGCCGUGUGAAAUCCUCUCAAAUCAGGAAUUCCCGCUAUUACAUUCUACUGUCGAGGUGUCUUCCAUUCCCCUACCGCGAUGGUUGUGCUCCACGGCAAGUGGCGCUCCUCGUCUCCUUCGACUCCUAGUCGUCUGGCCUCAGCAACCCAUUGACCUCCUGCCAACAUUCCAAGUGACUGUGGCUUCAGGUUCGGAAACGCCCACUCUUAGUUCAACCACGACCACCGCCACCUCCUCUGCUAACAACGGUCGGCACGCCAAGCCUCAAAACACCGACAAACCUGAUGUCGCCUCAGAUUCUAAGUUAACUAUCCAGAAAUGUCUCAAGCUCUACUAUUUUUGCAACUAUUCGGCUGCUGCAGAUGAAGACGCAGGCAUGUUUAUGCGAGCUUUUGUGGAGAAGGAGCUAGUCGCACGGGCUCAGCCGUUCAGGUGUCCCCACUGCCACAAGAAACAGAAUUCGGCCCUCCGCGAGACUACACUGCUGCAGCCUCCAGAUUAUCUUCUUCUUCAUUUAUGCCUCUUCGUUCAGGUUCCAUUAAUUCAUGAGCAUCAAGAUAAAGCCACAGGCAAGUCUGUUUUAUCGCUGAAUCCCCCGAGCUUAUUUCAUUUGGGUCGCUGUCUGGGUCGGUUUCCGUUGCGGCUUCCGCUGAUUAUGCUUCAAUGGGGAGGAUGCCCGGUCAAGAGGGCUGUGUCCCCCAAGAUUGCCUGCGGUAGCAGACUGAUGAAAAUCAACUCCUUGGUUGACUACCCAAUCGAAAAUCUCGACCUUUCCUUUAUGCUCGAAUCCUCCAAAUCAUCCAGAGUCAGGCUAUUCAGGCGUAAUUCUUCCCGAAAACCUGAGUGGCAGUCGGGGGGGUUGAUGUAUGACCUUGUCGCCGUCUGCAUCCACAAGGGGCCUGUUGAGACUGGCCACAACACCGCCUACUGCAAGAACCUCUUCACGGGCCAGUGGUGGCACUACAACGAUCUCAAGGUCCAGAAGGUGCCCUCCGACCAGGUCAUACAACCCGGAGCCUACAUACUGUUUUACAAGAGGCAAGAUGUCGCUGUUGAAAAUCGGGACUUAAUCGCCAAGUUGACGGAAAUAGUUAACACGUCGGCUGAUUCCGAGUCCCCAUCGAUGGAGCAGGCCUAG